UUUAUGAACUGCAAAUUCAACGGUUUACCGUUAGAUUCACGUAUCCUACAUACAUUUACAUGCAUAACGCGUCGAAUUUCUCGCGAGGCAUAUCAAGAUACACGUCGUCUGCUGUCAAGUUACACCUCUGUUUACAUUAAUUUAUUCUCAAGAAACAGAUGUUUGCCCCUGACCAACCGGGGCGUCCAGCUUCGCCUUAUCCGGAUUUACAAAGAACUGUUUGCGGAUGCUGCGCUGUCUGCAAAGUACACCUAAACUCUUCUGCAGACCCUAGACUUCUGCCUUGCCUGCAUAUAGUUUGUAAUACUUGCCUUACGGAGAUUUGUACAGAUGGAGCCAUACAAGAUUGUCCAUUAUGUGCACAGUCCUUUUGUUUGUCUGAGGUUACAGAAUGUGCCAUUUUCGAAGACACGUCUAACAAUAACAAGGUCCCCAAGUGUGGCGGGUGUGAAGAGAGUGAGGUUAGUGGAUGGUGUGUCCAGUGCGACGAGGCCCUGUGUUUGGACUGUACGUCUGCUCAUCGUAGGGUAAAAGUGACCCGUGACCAUGAAGUCACACCCAAAAAACCACCCACAGGUUGGAUACAGAGAAGACGCUGUCCCUCACACAUUCAGGAGAGCUUGAGGUUCUUCUGUCUCAUUUGUGAAGAGCUCACCUGUAAGGACUGUCAGCUGAUCUCUCAUAGGGGGCACAGUUUUGUGAAGCAAGAGGAAGCUGUGGGAUCUCAAAGGCAGCGGCUGCAGAGUUUGUUGGACUCCAUCAGACAUCAGAAAGAGACAGUCAGUAGCAGCUUGCUGCACCUAGAGGCAAGAUUGCAGGACAUUAAGAGUUUAAAAGUGGCAGUAAAGAAGAUGUUGGCACAGGUAGUCCACACAAUUUAUCAGAGUCUGGUUGUGAAAGCUACACAGAUGUUAAAAGAGAUAGAGGUCCUGUAUGAGGAGGAGGUGGGGUGUCUGUUGGAGAGGAAGACAUCUCUAAACAGGUUGGAAGGUUGUCAGGACUACAUAGCAGCUUUUAUUGACAAGGCCCUAUGCACAGAGAGCCACUGCCUCCUGAUCCACACAAAAAGAAUUGAGACCCAAGUGAAAAAGCUUCUGUCCCAGAAGGCAUGCACCCCUGAGACCAUGACUGAACUGCACAUUCAGAUUCAGAAUGAUCUCAGUCAGCACAUCAUGAAAUGUGGUUUUAUAAAGAUUAACAGGAUUCUUGUUCCAUUCACCUCUCAGAGAACUGAUUUCACUCAGUUAGAGUCUGACUCUGUGAAAAGCUCAAAUCAAAAUCCCUGUUCCUCUUCUCAGACUGUGCUAAUGGACCAGGCCCUUCAUAGUCUGCCUAAUCCAUCUCAGCCCAGCCAGCCAUCUCAUUCUAACCAGGCCACAACCUACUUUGCAUGUAACAAUGUUGCCUCAUCUCAACAUAAUCAAUCUAAACCUUUCUCUUCAGAUCAUCAGAGUUCAUUUUCCUCUUCACCAUCUGUCCAAGUCCAGUACCAUGAAGUCAUGUCUGAGCAAACCAAGCAUGCUUACAGUCCCUCAUCGAACUGUGGCCCAUAUUUUCCUCAGUCUGAUUCUAAAACUCACAAGAAUUCUUCUCCGUCUGUUUAUUCUCAGCUUCCACUCACAAACCUUACAGCAUCUCAAAUAAAAAAUGUCUCUGAGUCAGCCAAAUGUAGGAAGGCAUUUCACCCUACUAUGCAGGUCUCUUAUACACGCAUACUCCCCCACCCAAUGCCAAUUCCAGUCAACAACCAAACACCCAUAACAACUCAUCCAAUCCCAGCCAAUAACCAACCACUCAUACCAACUCAUCCAUUGCCAGCUAACAACCAAACACCCCUAGUAACUCAUCAAAUUCCAGUCAACAACCAAACCCUCAUGACAAUUCAUCCAAUACCAACCAACAACCAAACACUCACACCAAGUCAUCCAAUACCAGCCAACAACCAAACAUUCGCACCAACUCAUCCAAUCCCAGCCAACAAACAAACACUCAUACUUACUCAUCCAAUCCCAGCCAACAACCAAACACUCAUACCAAGUCAUCAAUUGCCAGCCAACAACCAAACACCCCUACUAACUCAUCAAAUUCCAGUCAACAACCAAACCCCCAUGACAAUGCAUCCAGUACCAGCCAACAACCAAACACUCGCACAGACUCAUCCAAUCCCAGCCAACAACCAAACACUCAUGCCAAGUCAUCAAUUGCCAGCCAACAACCAAACACCCCUACUAACUCAUCAAAUUCAAGUCAACAACCAAACUCCCAUGACAAUUCAUCCUGUACCAGCCAACAACCAAACACUUGCACCAAGUCAUCCAUUGCCAGCAAACAACCAAACACCCCUGCUAACUCAUCAAAUGCCACUCAAUAACCAAGAACAACCAAUUUCAGUCAACAGCCAAGCACCUGUAACAACUUAUCAAAUACCAGCCAAGAACCAGCCACCCGAACUAAUUGAAUCAAUACCAACCAACAACCAAAUACCUGUAUUUAUUCAACCAAUACCAACCAAUAGUCAAAUACCCGUUAUAAUCCAACCAAUACCAGCUAACAACCAAUCAACCAUACUAACUAAUUCUAUACCAACUUACAACGAAAAAUUCAUACUGGCCCAUCCAGUACAAACCAAUUUCCUUGGGCCCGAACAUUCUUUCUCUGUGCAACCCAGUAUUCCCUUAACUGCCCUUUCAACAAUAAACACACUUUCUUUAAAUGAUGCUACUGAAAUCUCUAAUGUCAUUCCUGUAAACCCAAUACCUUCUGCUCCCAUUAAUGGCAACAACACCCUCCAGUGUGAGAGAGGCACCUACAAUAGCCAUAACCUCCCAGUCAAGGCCAUGGCUGAUUCUGCCUGUGAUCAUGAUGCAGGUGUGAGCAGCACAAAUUUCACCGAUAUGGACCAUCUGGAGAGCAACUUGCCCACCUCCCUUGUGUCAGAGGCAGCUCUCAAAGAACCUUCACUAGAUCCUGACCGCUCCUCUGGCCCAUCCAACAUUCACCAGGACUCUCUCUCCACCACCACCACAGAGAAAAGUUCAAGUCAAGCUCAAGACUGUCAGUCAUCCAACAAGAACUACUCUGGACCAAAACACUGGAGCAUUGGCUUGCCAACAUCUUUCAAGCAGCUUGUAGAGGCAACAUGCAUACCUGUAAGGUCAAAAGACAGUCUGAACACAACACCUCCAGCGGAUCUAACUCCUUGUAGCAAAUCAGAAGACCUUGAUGGGGAGAGGACGACUGGUGACAAGACUGUCCAAAGUACUUUUGACUACAGGGAGGCAAAAAAACAAGACUCUGCAGUCAACCUGGAACACUUCAGGAGACAAAUCAAACAAUGCAAGAGGUUUCUACGUGUUUCUCUUGAGUGUCUGCCCAUCUCUCUGCCUCCAAGUGGACAGCCUCUCCCAGAGUUCCACCUUACUGCAGAUACCACCACAGAUCACAUCUUAGUGCAGGAAUCCCUGGGAGGACAGGUUAACCAGGUGUGGAGAUGGUAUGAAGAUCCAGUACCAUCUAGAUCCUUUUCUUGUUCUGUAUCCCAAGACAGCGACAGCUCCCUGGCUUCUGACGUAGAGUUCUGUGCUGUGUGUCUGUCUGCAGGAGCUGCACUUCUGUGUGCAAAAUGUGGCUGUGCUUUCCACUCUGACUGUCACAUCCCACCAAUUCUCACAAAACCUUGUAAGGAUUGGGUGUGUUUGCUAUGUCAGGAUGUAAAUGAGACAGUCGUGUACGGCAGUGAGGAGAUAAGGAUGCCUAGUCUAAGUCUGCAAGAUCAAAGAAAGUGUGAGAAGCUUUUACUUGGUCUCCUCUGUGAUGAAAACAAGAGCCUGCUCUACAGCGCCACCAAGAAUCACUCCAAAACAGCUGAAUUUGAUAUAAUACUCGGCCGACUCCUGGGGAAACGGAAGCCUCCUUAUCGGACUGCUGCUGAACUGGUGUCAGAUGUCUGGACUCUCUUUGACAUCCUGAUGAUGAACCCUGAGUGGAAAAACAUGGUUGUCAGACUUCAAAAAUCUUUCCAGCAACAGCUGAAGGAAUCUUUUGGGGAGAGUCUCCAUGCUUCUCUCUUGAAACAGUACAGCAGCAGGGAUCCAGAGACAGAGACUGAACGAGAGAAGCACAGAAACACUUUGAAACGCAUGAGAGAGUUUUUCACAGCAAACUCUGGUACAGAUGCAAAGAAAUCCUGCACUGAUAAAGGGAAAGAAGGAGGUGGCUGUAGAAACACUACAGCUACUGAACACUGAAGUGCAUCGGUCAUUACUUGCUUUUUUACUUGUUUUCUCUUAUGAAGAGGGAACCAGAUCCCUUUCUGUUUAUCAUAGUAGUUUGUUUAUUUAGCUUUGCUUUUAAGUAAGAUGUGUAUUAAACAGAUUAUUUCAUUCAAGCUCACAAUUUCUUUCUGUGGUCACUUGAUCGAUUUAUGAGUGUGGGUUGCAAAAUAUUAGUAUUAUUGGAUGUAAUGUAGCUGUGGUGCCAGCAGAGGGCGCGAGGAUCCUUUGGUCGCUUGACUUUCAGUGGUGCUUUUAAGGCAAGCAUCAGU